AAGCUAACUUCAUACUACACUAUUAUAAUAUGUCAAAAAAUUUGUUAUCAAAAAUCAAAAUAAAAAUAAAGGGUGUUUGAGUUUGAGUUUGAGUCAAGGUGUAUUUUGUUUAUUUAGAUUUCUACCACUUUUUUUUAAUUUAUGAGAAUAAAAAAAUGUGUUAAAGUACAAAUUAAUAUUUAAACUAUAAAAUACAGAGAUUGGUCAUAAUUAAAUAAUUUUUACAACAUGGGUGAAAAUAACACAGAAUGGAAAACAGUAAUCAAUGACCAUGCAGCCACCAGUAAAUUACUGCGGAUGCCAGUUAAUGACCAUCCUUUAAAGAGUAUAGUUACAGAAAGAGUUGCAAGAAAAAUUUUGGGACCAGUUCCUGUUAGUGGAAUGACUACUCCAGUUGCAACUCCUGUUUCGUUAUUGGAACCACUAACUCUGGCAUUGAAGCAGCUUGAUCCCCUUUCAGAAUUUGCCCUCCAAGAGAUGGACCCGUUAUCAAAAAUGGCAGCAGAAGCAAGUGUUCAAAAUCUACCUUUAUCAAGAGGUAAUACAAGCAAAGAAGGUGAAAAUGAUUUAUUUCAUCAUAUGGAACCAUGGCCUUUGAGGAAAACUGCCAUAUUGACUAAGUAUACAACAUCAGAGAAGUUAUCCAUUAUUACGAGUUUCUUAUCAGAGGGCGAAAAGGUGACUGUGAAAGCACAAAGUACUGCCGUGGACAAAGUCCAACAUCGUUUAAAACAGUUGGACUCUUUCGAGGAAGGUUCCCAACAAAGAUUGGAUGUAUCGCAAGCUGAAUACGUAUCAAAAAUCGAGCAGUUGAACCGAGAGCUGGUUUUAGCUUGGAAUACAGAGCAAAGAGUCAAAGCUCUGAAAAUAGCGAUACAGUGUGCAAAGCUUUUGGGAGACACAGAAGUACUUCCCUUCUAUCCGAGUAAGUUUGUUCUGGUCACGGAUAUUUUGGAUACGUUUGGAAAAUUGGUUUAUGAUCGACUGAAAACAAAAGCCCAAUUUAUAAAACCCGGUUCUAUUACACCGACAACUUUACCAGACGAUUUUACACCUGAUAUGGUUCCUGAUACAGCAAAAGAAACCUGUCUCAAUUGGUUCUAUAAAAUAGCUUCAAUACGGGAGCUUGUUCCUAGAUUAUAUGUAGAAAUAGCUCUUUUAAAUUCGUAUCGGUUUAUAUCUACCAACGAAUGCUGUGAAAGCCUGCAGAGAAUGACUGACAUGGUCCACGGAAUUGGCAAUCCGUUAGUGGCUUUGUAUGUUAGAUGUUAUUUAUGCAGAAUUGGAAUAACUGUUUUAAAGAAAAAAUCGGAAUUUGGGUUUUUACUUGCCAAUUUUACAGGAUUCUUAGACUCUUAUCAACAUUUAUUUAGUCGAAGUGUCAAGAAUGAUCUAGAAAGACAAAAUAUGCAACUACCCAGUUAUAUUACACUUUACACGCCUGCAUUAGAUUUUAUUCUGGAAGCAGUGAAUUGUGUAGUAAAUGAAUCCUACCUACCGAACUUACUUACCAUAUGUAGGAAAAAUAGAAACAGUUCUCUGAUAUUGAACACAAUCAUGUCUGGAUUUAAACCAGCUUACAUAGCCGAUAGAACGAUAGAGUUUUUGGACAUGAUCAGCGAUUGUACCGAUGGAGGCGUACCGCUGCAUGUAUUGUUGAGAACUUUGGGAUUGUGUAUAACUGUGUGUCCCCCACCCGCUGACCAACGACGAGAAAUAUUAAAUAUAGUUUGGGGAUAUAUAAGUUCUUUUACGAAACCGGAUGAGUAUAUCACCUGCGCUGAAGUUUGGAUUCAAUUCGUUGUCGAAUAUUUCACGAGUAGAGAGCUAAAUUCUGUUCUUGGAGAUUUAAUCGAGCAUAUGACACCCAAUAGAAGUUUUGAGAACCAUUAUAAUGAACUAAAAAUUGUGAUAUCAAAAAUAGUUGCUCAAUUUCAAGAUUUCGAGAUGCUGUUAAUUAUGGAUAACUUUUUGCCAGUUGUUGACCUCUUCCAAGAGGAAUCGAUCAAAGUAGAAGUCUGCAAAAACAUCUUGACCUCCUGUAGCGGCCAAUACAAAACGAACGACCCCGUCAUAACUAACGCCUUGAUGUUUUUGUGUGGCAUUCUUCACGAUUCUGUCAACGCUUUGACACCGGAGGAUGAAUAUAAGCAAAUUGGAGAAAUAUUGUGCAGUGUCGUCAGAAAAGUGAAUUAUGGCAGAGAUUUUGAACAGCAACUUAACUUUUUCGUGGAAGCUAGAGCGGCGUUUUCGAAUAUUGAUACUGUAUUAGCUGAAUUAGUACAGCAAGUUAACACCCUUUCUGUGAAUACUCGACAGAUAAUGAAAGGUAUGCACUCAAGAAAGACUGGUGAUUUCGUGAGGGCUUGUGCAGCGUAUUGUUUUAUAACUAUUCCCUCUAUACUAUCUGAAAAAACUCGCCUGGAACUCUAUUUACUCUCUGGACAAGUGGCUCUUUCUAAUCAGUGUUUGGGUCAAGCUGAUGCUUGCUUAAAGGCGGCACUGACAUUACUACAACAGAUGGAAAAAACAGAACCCAAAUCUGAAUCAUACUUUAUUACCUACAUACGAAAAUUUUUGUCAACGCUCCUUGUGGUGCCUGAUAAUCCAGAUAGAGGUGUACUGGGCCUAACUCGGUCUUUGCUCAAUGUGAUGAGGCACAUAGACUGGGACAAACAGUAUUGCAACCUGGGAUUGUUAUAUGUUAGCGUUUUGGAUCUAUUGUCAGUGUUUGCCCAAGAGGAAUAUCCAUAUCACGUAGAAAAAGUUGAAUCAAACGACGCUCUCUACGGCUCCGAUCCAAAAUUCAUCAACGAAAUCAACAGCAUGUGCUCGAUAGUUAUUAGGGAAAUACUAAAUUUGCUGAAGGAUCUCGGAACUUGCCGAAGGCAAUCCCAAGUAGCGACUGAAUUAUUUGUUAGGUUGGCAACAAGAAGCGAUUUGAGUGUGACACAUACCAGCACGUUGGCUUUGAAUUUGUGGAAUCUCAGCCUGAAAAGCGGAUAUUCGGAUACUAAGUAUAUGAAAACAACCAAAGAAUAUUUGAGGAAACGGAGCGAAUCUUCAGGAAACAUGCAUCUACAAAAUCUUGUUUCUAAAUUAUCUAUUUAGAUUAAUUAGUAUCAGCAUUUUAUAUGUUAAAAAAUGUAUAAAUAAUCAACAAAAGGGGUAACUGAUCUGAGCAUAGUUUACUUUUUAUCUUUUUUCGUACGCAUGAAUACAAAAACCAGUGAAAUAAAUCGUAUUGAUGUGGUCUGACCCAAGGCAUAAUACUGUUUAUAGGAGCUGUAUGAUUUUAAAGUUUAUCAGUAGGGUCCUCCUCCUUUAUUCGGGCUUUCGACCGGCAACAGUUCUAUCGAUCUGCUCGAUCCACCCUACUAAACUGCAGGCGAAGUUAUAAAGCCAGUGUAAGACCAUUUAUAAAGGUAGUGUAAGACCAAUAAUGACAUAAACAUAUAAUAACACCCGAUACAGCCACAACACAAAGACUACUUAGUCCAGAAAACCACUGCGCAUCCGCUAGGAAAAAUAUUCCGAUUCGGAUUUUUUGCACAGUCUUACUCAAAAAGGAUCCCUUUUAACAAAUUUGCAUGUUGCCAGGACCAAAAGUGGGUCAAAAAUUCUUUAAACGUUUUUUUUUUGUUUUUUCCUAAAAUUAUUUUUUUGCAUGGAACAAAGUUUUUUUAUAUUUUUUGGAUCAUUCCAAACAGAAAAGGUCUUUCUUGUACCCUCUGUAACCCUGAAACCGUCUGUAGCUUGAACAAUUCACGCGAUAAUUUCUUGUUUCCGAUCAAGAAACUGCUUUAAUACACAUUUUUAUUAUUUUGAAUUAUCGUUAUCUUAGCUUUUACUUAUCUUAAAGUAACGAGUUUAGUGUUUGUACCACAAUUCGGCCCUGUUAUAUUUUCUGCUGGAUAUUCCUUUUUGAUGCUCCUUCCUUCACUAUGACUGUCCUUAGGUAUUUAAAUUCUUGGCAUUUUUUUUAUAUCUCUAAUCGAGAGUUGUGCGUCGCUUUCUUCUAAGAUAUUCUGUUUUGUUUACAUUGAUUGUGAGUCCCCAAUUUUCGUAUUUUUCUGUUCAUAAAUGGUUUAUGGCCAAACAUAUGAAAAUGAUAUGGUUGAAUUCGAAAAAUGUGUACGUUCUGAUUUUUGUACAUUUAUUUACAUAAUAAAACCAAAAAAAUGUUUAUCAACAUAUGCAUGUUAUUUAUACUCAUGUGAUAUUUGCAUAAUAUAGUUUUAUAUUUUAUUAAAAAUAAACUUAUAUAUACAUCAA